AUGUCUGAGAAGUUAGCAAGAACUGAUAUAAUAUUCACACAUCUAAACAAGAAGAUAUUAGGAGUAAUUGGGGCCCGCUUUAAUAGAUGAGCAUUCAAUAGCUUGCUAAUUGCUAUGGAAAUCCCAAAAGAAAUACAAAAAGUAAAAGUAGCAAUGCCAAUGAUGGAUAAGCCCAAAUCAGAUAAUAUUGGUGAUAAAUGGAAGGAGUUUGGGAAAAAUAUUUCCAAGGAAAAUCAAACUUUAUCAACCACUGCUGGUCGGGAAAAAAAUCCUGAGCCAAAAGAUAAAGUACAAGAAUUUCCAAUAAAGAUAAAAAACUCGAAAAAAGAUGCCAUUAAAGAUUUAGUCUCCAAGCAAAUAAAGCUUAUUAAUAAAAAGCUUGAUCACAAGAAAGCGCAAAGAAGUAUGAUUAUUUCUGAUGUAAAAAAUCUAAAUGAUUUAUAUAAUAAAGAAUCAGCCAUACUCCAGCAUUUUUUUGAAAUUGUGGAAAAAUCUAAAGCUUCUAUAAAGAAAAUCGAUGAUUUAUCAAUCAGGAAGCUAAUAUGAUCAGAAAGAUCAGAAGAGCUUGCUUCAUAUUUUUAUGGAUUUUAUGUAAGGAUAAAUGAAACUAUAUCAGAAAUUUCAAAAAUGAGAGAUAUUAAUAUAGAAAAAAUUAAACAAUAUAAAAAUGUACUGAAUGAAUGUAGACAGGAAGACGAAAAAAUUAUGAAUUUGGUUAAUGAUAUUAAAAUAUUAGAGGAGAGAAGCGAACAAAAAGAAAAAGAGAGUUCUGAAAAGAAUGAAGAUGAGAAUGCUAUUGAAGAGAUAGGUGAAAAAGCUUCAGAAACCAUUGAAAUUGAAAGACUAGAGAUUCCAGGUAACCUUGAUCGUGAGCUGUUAAAAUAUUAUUAACUUAGCUUAAAUUACUUCUAGAGAAGUACAUCACUUGCCUCUAUAUAAAUCUCCACGGUAUGCUUGCCUGCCCGGACACGGCUUUCCACUGAGUUGCUCCUCCCGAAAUAGGGCUUUCGCUUACACCCAAAAGUCAGGGACUUUGGGUCACCAUGUCAUACGUCAAGGAGGUUAGCCCUUUCCAGAAAUUCGAAAAAUCGAUGUUUUUUGUUGAGCUAUCGGCAAGAAUGGAACCUGGAGCACGGGAAAGCAAAGCCUGAUAUCGCACUAUGAAUUGCCCAAUUAACUAAGUUGUCACCUCAUGCCUAGCUGGACUCCUCCUUUCUAUAUCAAGCAAACAAUUCCUACAAGGUAAAACCUUGGCCGGGAUGUGAGCAUGCAGUAGCCAAAUCUAACAUAUACUCCAAAAAACCAAGUAAAACCUUAGGGAAUACAAAUUUUUCAAACUCUGUCCUCCCUUCCACAAGGUUCCGGCUUUCCCAAUUAGCAAGUUGGCUUAUCACGACAUUUAAUAUAUUCUGUUAAAUAUCCAAGAUAGAGAACCUACAGUUUUAGAAUUUACAAUUGUUUGCCUGAUAUUUGGUUUCAGUUUUAGCUAUAUUCUUGGCACGCAAUUUGGUUUAAAAUAA